AUGCGCUCCUCUGCUCUUAUCGCCGCCUCGCUGGCCUCCGGUGCCCUGGCCGUUCCCAUGCUCAACAAGCGCGGCGUCGCUGUUGGCGCCCCCGUCCCCGCCGUUGUGACCGAUCUCGACAUCGUGACCGUCACGAAGUAUGUUACGGCCACCGGCCCCUGCCCUACCACGGGUGUCACCAACACCAUCUCCGUCACCCAAGAGGCUGUCACGAGCUCCAUGGUUGAGAUCACGUCGUACACCAGUGCUGCCGAAACCCCUGCCGUCGCCGUCCCUGCUCCCGUUAGCUCCAUCGCCGCGACCGUCAGCUCCGUUGUCGAGAGCAUCGGCUCUGUCGUCGAGAGCGUUGCUACCAGCGUUUACGUUGCUCCCACCUCGGCCGCCGUGACCUCGGCCACCUACGAGGUUCCCUCCACCACCGAGGCCGCAUCGACCACGCUGGCUCCGUCGACCACCGAGGCUGCCACGACCUCUUCCGCUGCUGGCGGCUUCAGCUCCUACGCCUUCUGCGCGACUACCUCGGUCGAGUCGACUGCGUCCCUUACUGCCCAGCCCACCGGCACUGUCCAGAAGAAGUGGCUGGCCUACCACAAUGCCCACCGUGCUAACCACACCGACGGCUGCUCCAUGUACUGGGACUACGACCUCGAGGCCAAGGCUCAGGACUCUGCCAACACCUGCGUCUAUGAGCACACCGUGUCCUCCACCGACAACUUCGGCCAGAACAUGGGCCAGUUCGAGUACACCACCUCGGGCCUCGGCACGGUCAACGACACCACCAUGGAGAACGCUCCCGGUUUCUUCAUGAACAUGUACUACGAGGAGUACAACGACUUCGGCCCUUACUGGGGUGUUGAGAGCGUUCCUACCGACGGCCCCAACAUUCUCCACUUCACGCAGAUGAUCUGGAAGACGUCGUUCUCCGUUGGUUGCGCCACCGCCAAGUGCAGCAACGACCAGCAGAUGAUCACCUUCUGCAACUACCGCUCUAGGGGCAACAUCCUUGCCGAGUACGCCGAGAACGUCGCCAACUUCAUCUCCAGCCCCAACAAGCCGCUCUGCGCUGAGAUCAGCUCCGACGCCACGGAUGGCAGCUGCAUCACCGAUGCCGAGCUGGGCAUCUAA